AUGGCACUCACGGAAUUGGUCGUGAACGAACCCACUACCCGUCCUUUCCAGUGUGACUGGCAGUCGUGCACAAAGAGUUUUAAUCGAAAAUCUGACUUGCAAAGACAUUAUCGCACACAUACUAAUGAACGGCCUUACGCUUGCUCUAUUCCUGGAUGCGGGAAGAGGUUCAUUCAGCGAAGCGCGCUGACUGUUCACAUUCGGACACAUACAGGGGAGAAACCCCAUUCAUGUCAACACAUUGAUUGUGACAAACGGUUCUCUGAUUCUUCGAGUCUUGCACGGCACCGACGUAUACACGCUGGCAAGCGUCCAUACAAAUGUGCCCACGAUGGUUGCCCCAAAAGCCACCAUGGCCAAGUCCCCUCAACUCCCCAGCACUCCUCCAUGACCUCGUCGCCUCACGACGUGGUUUCCAUGGGCCAAUUAGUCCACAACAGCUCGCUCCCUCAUGCAUCCUCAUACGCCGACUUCGAGUCUCCGGUUCAUGGUCAUCAUACGCCACCCCAUUAUGCUCACAGACAUGGAAUUCCCACCACUGUCCCUUACGAGUAUCACGGACAUACAGUGCCCGGUCAACAGGCUCACGAUAAAAUUGUUCAUCGAGCCGCCGCCAUAUGGCGCCAGGCAUACUAUGUAACCGAGCAAGAGAACCCUGGCGCUGCUACAAUAACAAGCUCCUUGCGUGCUCACUACCACUUAUCACAACAAGUGGAACAACCUACUAUGGAGAUGCUUUAUUCCGCCUCAGGAAUUCCAACGUGGAUCCAGAGCAGUCAUAGCACCUUCUCUGCUACUUCAGUUCCGAGCCCCAUGGUCCAGGAUGGCUUCUAUACUCACCAACCGACUACAAAGCCAGCAUACCUAACAGCGGAAGCUCAGCUAGCCAUGGUUCAGAACCACCAACCCGUUCAGCAUCGCAUCGCACAGCCUCAGAAACCUUUCGUAUCGCAGCCACAACAUUUGCUUUCCACGGCCGAACACUACCGUCCACCAUCAUCGCACCCCAGCAAGAGCAAUAGUCUCAUAACGAUCCUCUGUGACGGUUGGGUUUCCCAAGGGAUAAACUAG